GGAGAGAUUUCGAUGAUGGGAAGUGACUCAACAUGGGUCGGACGGAAAGCAGUGAGACGCCUUGGUGGGAUGUCGGAUGCCCUUUCUAUUGCCUCUGAUCUUGGCUUCGCCGUCUCUCCCCCUCCGUCACAGGAGGAGAUCCAAAGUUUGUCCAGUGGCUCUGGUGAAAAGAGUGAUGACUUGAUAACGGUUUUGAAGGAGCUCACUGACGUCCAAAGAAAAAUUGCAGACUUGCAAGUGGAGCUUCAGGGUAGGAAGGAGGACAAAAACGUCGCCCAUCUGACACAUGUUAGUGAAAUGGAGAAAAAGAUUGAAACUUUGGCUAGAAUCACCACUAUAUUGAAAGAUGUUAUUCAGAACAAGGACCGCAUUAUUGCUCGGCUUCAACAACCAUAUUCAUUAGAUUGCAUUCCGGUGGAAGCAGAAUAUCAGAAACAAUUUUCUGAGUUACUGAUGAGGGCUGCUAGCGACUACAGUGCAUUAACGGCAUCUGCGGCUGACUUUCAUUGGAGCCAAAAUUUUAGAGACCCACCAACAAUAUGGGCAGAAAUGCUUCGCCCUAUCCCCGUCGCCCUGGCUUCAUGCACCAGGUUCUUUGAAGCCAUGUCUGCAAUGAGGGAGUCAUUUGCCACACUUCAAACGUUAAGGGUUGGUCCUUCAUCCUCCCUUGCCACACCUAGCAAGGAUCUUUCCCAGAGAGGAAGAUCAAGGAAGAAUUCUGAUUGUGUGACUCCUCCACCCUGGAGAACCGAAACAAGUUUUAACGAUUUGGCCAUUAGAAGUGUGAGGCAUGAAAAAAGUGAGGAGCAAGAAGUUACAAGUGGUGGUGAAUAUGGUGGCGGUGUUGAGAGCCGUCAACUAUCAUGGCCUUCUCCGGUUUAAAUAGUUGAUAUAUAGCUAUGUUACGGCAGACAUGCCCAAAUUUUAUAUGGGACCAGUUGUGUAUCUAACCAAAACUUGUUAUUGUAAUCAUUUCUUGUUUAUAUGGGACCAGUUGUAAUAUCACAUUGAUUUAACUUUGACCAAUUGUUUAAGCAUGUCCUGGGGCAAACAAGCUAUGUGAGUGUGACUUUGAUAUGGAUAAUAAUGUUCAAAUUAGCUCAAUGUAUUAUGCACCUUUUUAAAUUAGGCCCAAGCCUGGUUUAAAGGCUUGAAUGUUUCAUUCGUG